GAAAACAUGGACACAUCAUGGUUGUGGACGCUUCUACUGUGUUUGCUAAUCUCUGCCAUGUUAAUCUAUUCUACCUGGAACAAAAUGUAUAGAAAGCGUAACCUCCCUCCAGGACCCACACCUAUACCUCUCUUUGGAAAUGUUAUGCAGAUCAAAAGGGGGGAGAUGGUUAAAUCAUUAAUUGAGCUUGGAAAAAAAUAUGGCGAUAUCUACACUCUCUACUUUGGCCCCAGUCCUGUUGUCAUUUUGUGCAGCUACCGGGCAAUAAAAGAGGCUCUUAUUGACCAGGCAGAAGAGUUCAGUGGUCGUGGUGCAAUUCCAAGUUUUGAUCAAUAUUUCCAAGGGUAUGGUGUAGUUUUUACUAAUGGAGAAGAAUGGAAGAACCUGAGACGAUUUUCCCUUUCAACACUAAGGAAUUUUGGAAUGGGAAAGAGAGGCAUUGAAGAAAGGAUUAAGGAAGAAGCACAGUUCCUGGUGGCAGAGAUUAAGUCAUACAAAGAGAAACCUUUUGAUCCAACCAAUAUCUUGGUCCAAUGUGUGUCCAAUGUAAUCUGCUCUGUUGUUUUUGGGAAUCGUUUUGAAUAUGCCAACAAGGAUUUUCAGAAUCUCCUUUCCCUGUUUCAAUCUGUCUUCCAAGAAACCAGCUCUUCCUGGGGUCAGUUGCUGAAUAUGCUGCCAGCCGUCAUGAAUCAUGUCCCAGGUCCUCAUAAAAAUAUUAUAAGGGACAUGAAUAAACUGGAAGAUUUUGUUUUACAAAGGGUGAAAGAGAAUGAAAAAACUGUGGAUCCCAACUCACCGAGAGACCUUAUUGACAGCUUUCUCAUAAAAAUGCAGCAGGAAAACAAAAAUCCCACUUCUCCCUUCCAUAUGAAGAAUUUAAUCGCUACUAUCCUGAGCAUAUUCUUUGCUGGAACAGAGACAGUAAGCACCACCCUAAGACAUGGAUUUCUCAUACUUCUCAUACAUCCUGAAAUAGAAGCAAAACUACAAGAGGAGAUUGACAGAGUGGUUGGUCAAAAUCGCAGCCCGACCAUUGAGGACAGGAACAAGAUGCCUUACACAGAUGCUGUGAUCCAUGAGAUCCAGAGACUUAGUGAUGUAAUCCCAAUGAAUGUCCCCCAUUUAGUCACGAAAGACACAAAAUUCAGAGGAUACACAAUUCCCAAGGGUACUAAUAUCUACCCCUUGCUUUGUGCUGUUCUUCGGGAUCCUGAGCAAUUUGACACUCCGUCCAAAUUUAAUCCUAAUCACUUUUUAGAUGACAAGGGCUGUUUUAAGAGUAAUGAUGGCUUCAUGCCUUUUUCUACAGGGAAGCGGAUCUGCCUUGGGGAAGGUUUGGCUCGAAUGGAACUCUUUCUCUUCCUAACCAACAUUUUACAGAACUUCAAGUUACAUUCAGAAUCUGGGUUAACAGAAGACAACAUCGCCCCCAAAAUGAAAGGUUUUGCCAAUUACCCAACAUCUUAUCAACUUUCAUUUAUUCCACGUUGAGUAAAGAAGGCUAAAGCAAGCACAUUGCGCAGUGCAAUUUUCAGAAGCAAAUCACAAUUUUUCCCACAAUGCAACAUUCUACCCCAAAAUCUUAGCAUCAAUGCAACCAUGCAGCAAGUUGCACACAACACAAUUACAUGCAAUGCGCUAAAUCAAGAGCUUAUUAACUUGCCAUUUAUGUACAUUCUAUGUGAUUCCCUUAGUUCUAGUUAUUAGUGGGUACUGAGGCAACCUGGCAAGGGUACCAGGGAGGUGGUAAUUCCAGGGAUCCUUUGUGUGCAGAAUUCAUCAAAACAUACUGAAUUUUUCAUGCACUACUUUGCAUCCAAUUCAGUGUUCCAUGUUUGUGGUCAUAAAUUAUCCUUAAGAUGUUUAUGAAUUUGUCACAUUUUACUUAAAAUGCCAAGUCAGGAAGUCUGGAAUUACUCAUUAAUUCGGUUUCCUGUCUAUUUUUAAACUACAAUGGGACUCAAGUCUUAGGGAGUAAUCUAAUAAUAGGUACACAUUUUGCUACCGGUCUGGUCACCCAUAGCAACCCAUUGUCACCUGUUUGGAACGUAGUAAUCCUGAUUAAUCAGUGUUUGCCAAUCAGGCAGUUUUCUUUUGUUUUGGACACCUAAAGGUGGUCCUGGUUCUGUGUGUAAAAACUAUUUCCCUUUCCAGGUUAAAAGUAAGUUUAGAGAUGCCCAGUAGGUGGAAAUGUACUCCAAUGUAAAAGGGAUAGCACAUGUAUGCUCAGGGUCUUUCCUGGGACCUCAUCUGGCUGAGAAGUGGUUACAGGCUUAGAAAAUGUAGAGUUAGCUUAGUUCUAUGAUAGUCACUCCAGGAAUGAAAGACAAGCACCAGAUACAUAGCAUGAGCAGCUUAAAAAAGUUUAGAACCCUGCGGUAUUCAAGUGGUUGGGUUUAGGGACACAGUGUGUGAGCAAGGGAUUACUGUGAAGCCUGACUACGCUGGGGAUUUGCACUAAGGCAGGGGACAUCUCUUUGAAGGUACAGAUAGCAAGUGUAAGUCUAGUUUGAUGUUAUAUGUUGCCUGUGAAGCUAUGCAAAAUUGUGCUUGAUGUACUGUUAAAACCUCAUAUUGAUACCACAGAUGCCAUAUGCCUGGAGUGAAUAAACAAAGUUUGUUGUUUAAAAAA